AUGCCGCCUUCACCCUGCGCCCUGUGCAUGGUGAACCGGGCGCUUAUUCUCCGACCCAAGGAUCAUUCCAAGUUGUGCAAGACAUGCUUCAUAUCCGUCUUUGAGACAGAAAUUCACCAUACCAUCACCACAAAUUCGCUUUUCCAGCGCGGAGAAAAAGUCGCCAUCGGUGCUUCAGGUGGUAAAGACAGCACUGUCCUCGCCUCUGUUCUCAAGACUCUCAAUGAGCGCUACGACUAUGGCCUUGACCUCAUCUUACUAUCCAUCGAUGAGGGAAUCAAGGGCUACCGGGACGAUAGUUUGGAGACGGUGAAAAGAAAUGCGGAGCAGUACGAAAUGGAGUUGACAAUUUUGGGAUACGCGGAACUAUAUGGAUGGACCAUGGAUCAAGUGGUGGAGCAGGUGGGCAAGAAAGGCAACUGCACGUAUUGUGGCGUUUUCAGAAGACAAGCGCUUGAUCGCGGAGCGUCACGGCUGGGAGUCAAGCAUGUGGUGACAGGACACAACGCUGAUGAUGUCGCCGAGACAGUGUUGAUGAACUUGCUCAGAGGCGACCUCCCCCGACUGUCGCGCACCACUUCCAUCAUCACAUCUACCCCCUCGGCCUCUUCUGACCCUGCCUCGAAUACGAACAUCAAGCGUAGCAAGCCUCUCAAGUACGCAUACGAGAAGGAGAUUGUUCUCUACGCCCAUCACAAGAACCUGGACUACUUUAGCACUGAAUGCAUAUACUCGCCCGAAGCCUUUCGCGGCAGCGCACGAGCUCUCAUCAAGAACCUUGAGAGGGUACGGCCCAGCGCUAUCCUCGAUGUUGUCAGGAGUGGUGAGGACAUGGCAAAGCUUGUACCCGGUAGCGAUGAAGGAUGCGGGGGUGCUUGUGCUAGCAGUAUGCCUGUUGCCGAAGAAGAGGAAGGUGGAUGUGGAAGUGCCCAAGGGCGCAGCACAGGUGGUGAAAUGGCGAGUGUGGAGGCACAACUGAGACAGAAUGAAGCCGCAGUUGACGGCAAUCUCGAGACCGAGAUCACAAUUAAGAGCGUUAACAGCAACGGCGCAGUACCACUAGCGAACGGAAAGAAAGCUAAGAAAGGUUUCACACCCAGGAAGACGGCAAAGCAAGUCAUGGGCCAGUGCAAGAAGUGUGGAUACCUCUCGAGUCAAGAAGUCUGCAAGGCCUGCGUUCUGCUUGAAGGACUCAACAAGGCGCGACCAAAGAACAAAAUCGAGGUCGGUUACGAGGUCCAAGAUGUAAGCCUCAACAGUGUUCGCGACGAGCUCGAGGCUACGACUAUCGGAUGA